AUGCCAACACCGUACCUGACUCUGAAGAAAUGUGUAUUAAUCCAAUGGUGCAUCAUCACGCACCAUCAAACUCUUUAUGUUCCGACAAAGGUCGCUCAGAGCGAGGAGCUUAUCUUCGAUACCAUUGCAUCGUUGAUACCUACCGAGGUUACUUUCAACAAGCUAGUCUGUGUGAGCGAGUUCAGUCCAACCGCUGCUCAGAUACCAUACCACGGGUACACUACCACACUGAGCGUUAGUACGGGUGAUGCUGUACCCCUACCCGAAUGGGCGAAGAUAUUGUUAUGGGCGGCAUAUUGUGCUUCUCUACACAUAUCCUGCCACCCACACUACGUUCGAGCUAAAACUUCCACUGGCUCCAAAUUUGCAGAACACCGGAGUGAUUUAAUGUGCCGUCUGGCCCUUCAAGCCUUGCGGACUGUUACCUCGGAUGACGCUGCAUACAAGGGUGUUGACGUCAAGUGCUAUUCCCAAGCUCUCGGGCUGGGCUGUUCAAUUCCCGCUUCAUUCUACGACCACUACGCUGGAUACAAAGACCUUCCUCCCUUUUUUGGCUUCAAUUCUAGGCUCACUUCAUAUAUCAAAGCAAAUUCAAUUUCACGUGGUCCAAUUCAAAUUGGUGGCAAGCUCGUGCUGAGCUUUCAAUGGCAUAAAGAUUGCUCAUCACUGGAAGAUAGAGAAUUUAUUAGCUACACAAUGGCUGAUGUAAAAAGGUACCGAGAUUUUUUGGUCGACACUGGCCUUGCAUUUUUAGCUAAGUGGCCAGAGCGUGCAUAUCUAAGUCGAAAUGGGAUUCCUGCGGAAGGACCUCUUACCCCAGAUCAGUUCAAGAUUGUCCAAACAGCUAUUAAAGCACGCAAGACUGUGAGUAACUUGAAUAUAGGCCAUCGUGCGCUGGUACCGAUGGCAGACAAAUACGGCACGUCUGGCACGAUCAGGCAACUCCAAUGUCGAACUAAAUUGGGGGUCACACUAAAUGGGGGAGAUGAGCUCAAGGGCACCAGGGCACCGCAGGAAGUCGAGGUGUACUCACAUUGCCAUUAUGAGUCGCGCGUCAAGGUUGCCGUGAACGCUGCAAUCACAGCUGCUGGGGGGACCUCUUCACGAGGCGAAAAGUUGUCUAGAGCAGGGUUUGUUGAAGAAGUCAGCGAUGAUGCAAAGAUACAAGCUUUCAAUGAGCUGGGACCCACACCUGGAUCGCAUCUUCCGUCAUUUGUCCUACAAGACUGGAGGGCUCAAAUUCACUUGCAUUGCGGGUGGACUGGUCGACUUCCAUCUGGGCGAACAGAUACCGGUGGAGAGUUCGCAACCUGCUACCCAGGAUUCUCAGACGUUCAAGCAGCCUAUGCAAAUUUCUUGAAGGAAGCAAUUUCGCAUGAUGACAAUAUGCUGGCGCUUGUGAAUGCAGAUGUGUCAGCUGAGACACGCAUCGAUAAUGAGCUUGGUGAGGCUGAGGAGACCGAUGCAGAUGUGUCAGCCGAGGCGCGCAUCAAUAACGAGCUCGGUGAAGCUGAGGAGACCAAUGAAGAGGACAAAGACAAGGCAAUGCGGGAUGAUGAGGAUGAGAGGAAUACAGGUAGUGCACAAAGUUUGGAGUCGUUGGACCUCUAUCAUAUAGGGCCCCAGGAG